AUGGACUCUGCCGCCCUGGCGGCCCUUCCUGUGACUUUUGCGCCCCGCGCCUGGGGUGGGGGGCGCGAAGAGACGCUACAUUCCUUUCCGAUGGAGGAAGGCAGAUCUGCCGUCACACGUGUGCUUGCACGAGUGCGUGUACCUGAGCAACUGAUUCGGAGGCCUGCUCCAGCAAUAGCCUUCACAGAUCUGUGCAAAGUGCUCAGCACUGACAGCCUGGACCCCUGCUGCCAGAAGAUCCUGCAAGACGGAGGGCUGCGUGUAGUGGAGAAGCAGAACUUGAGCAAGGAGGAGCUGAUGGCUGAGCCGAAGAACAGUGAAGGCCUUAUUGUUCCGUCUGCCACCAAGGUCCCUGCUGAUGUCAUCAACACAGCAGAGAAGCUCCAGGUGGUGGGCAGGGCUGGCACAGACACGGACAAUGUGGAUAUGGAGGCUGCCAUGAGAAAGAGCAUCCUAGUUAUGAGGUGCCCUAAUGGGAACAGCCUUAGUGCUGAGGAACUCACCUGCGGGAUGAUCAUGUGCCUGGCCAGGCAGAUUCCCCAGGCGACAGCUUCGAUGAAACAUGGCAAACGGGACCAGAAAAAGUUCAUGGGGACAGAGCUGAACAGAAAGACACUGGGAAUUCUUGGCCUGGGCAGAAUUGGGAGAGAGGUGGAAAUGCAGUCCUUUGGGAUAAAGACUGUAGGCUAUGACCCCAGCAUUUCCCUAGAAGUUGCAGCCUCCUUUGGUGUUCAGCAGCUACCUCUGGAGGAGAUCUGGCCUCUCAGUGAGUUUGUCACUGUCCACACUCCCCUCCUGCCCUCCACCACAGGCUUGCUGAAUGACGGCACCUUUGCCCAGUGCAAAAAGGGUGUGCAAGUAGUGAACUCUGCUCGAGGAGGAAUUGUGGAUGAAGGUGCCUUGCAGUCUUGUCAGCGUGCUGGUGCUGAGCUGAAUGUGUUUACAGAACAACCAUCAUGGGACUGGGCCUUAGUGGCCCACAAGGAUGUCAUGAGCUGUCCCCCUCUGGAGGCCAGCACCAAGGAGGCCCAGAGCCACUGUGGGUGGGAAAUCACAGCCCCAUUUGUGGGCAUGGUGAAGGGGAAGUCUCUAACAGGGAUGGUAAAUGCUCCGGCCCUUACCAGUGCCUUCUUUCCACACACCAAGCCUUGGAUUGGUCUGGCAGAAGUGUUGGGCACACUGAUGCAUGCCUGGGCUGGCUCCCCAAAAGGGACCAUCCAGGUUGUGACACAAGGAACAUCACUGAAGAAUGCUGGGACCUGCCUGAGCCCUACAGUCAUUAUUGCUUUGAGGGAAGCAUCAAAACAGGCAGAUGUGAGCUUGGUGAACACUAAGCUACUGGUGAAAGAGGCUGGCCUCAAUGUCACCACGUCCCAUAGCCCUGUGGUCCCAGGGGAACAGGGCAGUGGGGAAAGCCUCCUGACUGUGGCCCUGGCAGGUGCCCCCUAUCAAGCUGUGGGCUUGGUACAGGGCACCAUAGUGAUGCUGCAGGUGUUCAAUGGAGCUGUCUUCAGGCCAGAGGUGCCGCCCCUGCUCAGGUUCUGGGAUCAGCCCUCCAACCUUGUAAUGCUGCCCACUGUGACUGGCCUUCUGGCAGAGGCAGGUGUGCAACUGCUUUCCAACCAAACCCCCAAGGUAUCUGAUGGAGAGACCUGGCACUUCAUGGGCCUCUCAUCUCUGCUGCCCAGCCUGGAAGCAUGGAAGCAGCAUGUGUCUGAAGCCUUCCAGUUCUGCUUCUGA